AUGACAGCCGCGCUCCUUCCCCGUGCGCCCUUCGGGGCGGUGGCCCGCCUCGCCUGGAGGCCGGCUGCUCCCAGCAUGACCGCGCUCGCUGGCUCUUUUGCCGGCGCGGUCUCCUCCGACCUCGAGUCGCUCGAGCAUUGUAUCGUGCAGGCUGACGGCGAGGACGGCGUAAGGGAGUGUAUUGAGCUAUUUGACCUUGAGUCGGGCGGGGAUGAGCCGCUCACGGCGCUCGAGCGUUGUAUCAUCGAUGCCGAUGGCGAAGGCGGUGUGGCCCUUUGCAUUGAGCAGUACGACGCAGCAGCAGCGGAGGACGGGACUCAGGAGCUGAGCGGUGCAAGCCUGAGCGGUGCAAGCCCUCUGGAGGAGUGCAUUGUGCACGCGGACGGGGAGGACGGGGUCCGCGAAUGCAUGGAGCGAUUUGACGCGCUGCAGGGCGGGGGAGACCCGCCCACGCCGCUGGAGCUGUGCAUCCUCGCGGCCAAGAGGGAGGACGAGGUGCAGGAGUGCAUGGAGCUGCUCGCAUAG